CUGCUCUGUUGCGCACCAUUGCCCUGACUCCCCCCUCCCCUCCUCCUCCUCCUGCAGCACCACUCACUGAGCUGUAACGGGACACUUCCAGCUCAGACGGCGCACCAAACCUUUACCCGCGUCCAUCUGUGGUAUGUCCAGACUGUUAGUGCGCCUUCCACCGGUGUGAACGAUGCGGAUGCCGGACAGGUAUGCCUGUUAUUUUAACAUGUGACGGUGAAGAAGGGUCAUUGACACCCUGAUUUGGUUUUGAAUGAUCGGAGGGACUGCGAGGCGACAGAAAUUUCACACCGAGCUGGUUUGGCCGUCUGGAGAUGAGUGCGGGGCAAAGGAUGCGCCUGCAUGAUGCCACCGUGUGUCUAGGCCCUCCCUAAUCCUGCUGCAGUGACACAGAGGAUCCCCCUCAGUCCCUGGACACCUCAGUGCUACACAUUUGGCUCCUUGACUCAUCCAGCUCAUCCCCUGCAGCUAUCAGCCACUGAUCAAUCCUACCCCACUCCUCUCUAUUCAGGCUUUCCUUUUUCAGACUAUUGCUUCAGACUGGGAUUACACACUGAUCUGCUGCUGAAUCCUGAUAUGUCAGCUGAGUCUGUUGUGGACCUCUGACGGCAACGCCAAAACUUUUUUUUUUUUUUUUUUUUUUUUGCUCUUUUGAUUGGAAGCCGAAGCCAUAGCUUGUCUGUCAGUGAUGAAAGACUCUUUGUUAUGAGACCAAAAAGACUGAAAGUCAUUUCUAUUCCCAGCUUGUCUUCAGUAGACCCUGGUUGUGGCAAAAAAGCUUUUCUCAAGAGCAAGUUUUAACGUAAGCCAUUGGAAGCUGCAAUACGAAAAGGAUUGCUGUGUCCUGAGACUGAAAAGUUAAGCCAGGCAUAGUCUUUAAACAUUUUCUAUCUUCAUUACCUGAUCUGAGCUGCCUAGUCCAGAGCAGCGUUUUUUCCAGAUGCUGCCAUGCCCAUCAUCAGCAACGCCAACCAUGACUUCAGCAAUCUGUCCGUCAGUGAUGACAGCAGUUUUGACCGCAUCUUCACUGAGAUCCCUGAGACUGAGACCAUCAAGGGUGUGUAUUACAAGAGGGCCCAGUUCAUCCGUCGGCCGGAAGACCUUGUGUCCAUCGAUCACGGCUCGCUGGCAGUGAUCAACGUUGGGGGAAACCGUUACACCUUCCCCUGGAGCACCCUGGAGCAAUUCCCCCUUACCCGACUUGGCCGCCUUUGUGGUUGCCGGUCACCUGAGGACAUCGCCAGCGUCUGCGACGACUAUGACGAAGCUCGAAAGGAGUUCUUCUUCGAUCGCUCGCCCUCGGCCUUCAGGGUCAUCCUCAACUUCUUGGCUGCUGGGAAACUCCGGCUGCUGCGGGAGAUGUGUGUCCUCUCCCUGCAUGACGAGCUUACCUACUGGGGCGUGGAGAUGGCCUACAUGGAGCGCUGCUGUAAAAGGAAGAUGUACACGCGCAUCGAGGAGGUACAUGAGCAGGAGCGGCGAGAGGAGGAGUGCAGGCAGAGAAACGCCAUGCAGCGUGUGACGGUGGAGGAGACCAGGUACCGAAAAGUCAUGAACUGGCUGAGAGAUAUGGUGGAGAAUCCACAGUCUGGCUUACCAGGGAAGAUCUUCGCCUGCAUGUCAGUGAUCAUGGUGGCGGUGACUGUGGUCAGCUUGUGUAUCAGCACCAUGCCAGACCUCAGAGAGGAAGAGAACAGGGGUGAGUGUUCCUCCAAGUGUUACAACAUGUUCAUCAUAGAGACAGUCUGUGUGGCCUGGUUCUCCCUGGAGUUCAUCCUGCGGUUCAUUCAGGCACGCAGCAAGCUGGACUUCCUCCGCGGGCCACUCAACAUCAUAGACGCCAUGGCCAUCCUGCCCUACUAUGUGUCCCUGGUGGUGAUAGAGGAGGACCCGGCCAUGGAGCACGAGAGGCCAGGAGGAGGUAAGGGCUACUUGGACAAGCUGGGUCUGGUGCUGAGGAUCCUGCGGGCGCUAAGGAUUCUCUAUGUGAUGCGGCUUGCUCGCCACUCCCUUGGCCUGCAGACGCUCGGGCUGACUGUCAGGCGCAGCACCCGUGAGUUUGGCCUCCUCUUGCUUUUCCUCUGCGUGGCCGUCACCCUCUUCUCCCCACUGGUCCAUUUGGCUGAAAGCGAGCUCACGGGCACUCAUGACUUCAGCAGCAUCCCCGCCUCCUACUGGUGGGCAAUUAUCUCCAUGACGACUGUAGGCUACGGCGACAUGGUGCCAAGGUCCAUCCCAGGACAGGUUGUAGCGCUGAGCAGCAUCCUCAGUGGGAUCCUCAUCAUGGCCUUCCCCGCUACCUCCAUUUUUCACAUGUUCUCCCGCUCCUACCAAGAGCUAAAGAUGGAGCAUGACCGAUUGUUCAAAGAGGAGUGCGCAGCCGCGGCGGCUGCUGCUGCUGCCAGUGGGGAGCUGCCAGAAGCGGGAGUUGAUGGAGGAGGUGAAGGAGGGCUUGAGGACUCAGCUCCGCCUGGACUGGGAUUACGUCUGGAAAAGGAUAGUAUGCACUCACUAGAGUCUCUGGCUCUGUUAGGGAAAGGCGGUGAUCCUGCAGGAAAUAAUAACCAUGGCCUGCCAGCAGCAGCUUUCUGAAUGAGCACCACAGUACUCGCACUGGCUGACUCAAUCCAACAAGAAGAUACUGUACGAGUCCCCUUAACUCUGUGUUGCAUACAGUAAAAGUACUCCAAAGUGACCAUCUCCUCAAAGGCAUCACUUCCCAUGUGGUUGUGAACAUGUCUAUAUUGCAUUGGCUAAAAGGAGAUUAAAUAAACAACAUUUCUUUUGCUCUUUGGUCUACUGAUAUGGAGCACAAGUGUGCAUCUGAUCUAAGUGCACACUGUAGACUGCACAGAAACUGAAAGACUUCCUGAAGCCCUUUAAAUUGGAUGGUCCAGUUUGUCUGAACAGAAAGCCUCUGCACCGCAGCAAUAUUAGUAACUGUCUGCUUCCAUAAACAUGCAAUAUUCAAUCCAAAGUUGCUUUUCCUUCCACUGUGAAAGUACUUCUAAGCCCAAUCGCAACUUUUAGUUAUAUUCUUAUUACUUUUUAAUAUGUUGCCUGCAGUAUGAACUGAAAAUGCGUCUCAUACUGUAUACUUUUCUGCCAUGAAAUCAGAUAAGUGCUCCUCUUACUGUAGUUUAUUUUUGAGAAGCUUGAAGCCAUGAUCUGAGAAAAAAUAUAAACAAACUGAUUUUUUGAGUUUUGGCCUAUAUAAGAUGUAAAUCUGUCUCUCAUGUAUGUUUGUAUGCUUGGACUCAAAAUGAUGAUGGUUUCUCCUUUCUCUAUUAUGGACUCCAAGUAAACUGUGUGAAGGAAUUGCAGAAGUUAUGAUCCAAAUUGUUUUUUAAUCAGAAAGGACAUGAAAGGAUGGGGAGAAAGAAAGUAUUUGCAUUAGAAAGAGAAGGUGAGUGAGCGAGAGAGAAUGAGCGCUAACAACCAUGAAAUGUACUUUGCAAUGCUCCAAAUAAAAGCUCUCCUAGUAAUCUGAGAGAAAUCCA